GGGGGGAAAUCCCACCUCUCUCGGACACACUCCACCCCCUCCGAUAAACUAUCUGACAAACAGCCCGAGAAGUGUCAGCACUACUUCGGACACCAAGUACCGGGGUUGCGGGCUCUGCUAAAGAAGUAUCAGCGAGCCAAGCAAAGCACGGACUCCGGGAGCCGGAAGCUAUCAACUUUGUCAUCGCUGACAAACGGGAUUGACGGUGCUAGCAUCUCUUUCCUCCACACGUGUCCUAGAGGUUUGGCUGGCACAACUUCUUCCUCAGCCCAAAGGAGUAGUAGAAACUGGCCCUAGCGGUGUACGGCUUUACCUGGACCCGUCCUAGCGGCUGUGGAUGUUGACUGGUGUAGGUGCUGUGUCGUAGUGCCGUCCUGACCUUUGCUCUCCUCAAAGCCAGUUCGUGCCCGGAAGAGAGGGGGAUGCUGCCGUUCGGUGUGGCCCCUGGAAGCACCGGGGCAGGCGGUGCAGGCUGCCCCCCUGGGGGCGGAGUGUCGGGCCCCGGGCUGCUCUUGCUGGGCCCCGCAGGGAGAAAGCUUUCUGGGUUUCGGUUGACGGAGAAGUUCCUGCUGCUGCUGGUGUUCAGUGGCUUCAUCACCCUGUGCUUCGGGGCCAUCUUCUUCCUGCCGGACUCGUCCAAGCUGCUGAGCGGAGUCUUCUUCCAGCAGCCCCCGCGACACAGACCGUCGGUCAGCUUUGGGGUCCUGGAGGAGGAGCCGGAGGUUGGGGGGCGGCUUGCCCGUAUCCGUGAGGAGCAUGAGCGGGCACUGAGGGAAGCCAAGGACACCCUGAACCGGCCCCCCGAAGACAUCAAGGGGGACAUCAUACGGGACAAGAAGAAGCUGCUGGCCCAGGGCAGGGUGACAGCUGGGGGGAAGCUGCCCGGCAGGGUCUUCAAGCCCCCCGUGGGGGUGGUGGGGAAGGAGCCGGAUGACCCAGACGUCAAGGAGAAGAGGGAUAAGAUCAAAGAGAUGAUGAAAUUUUCCUGGGAUAAUUAUAAAAGAUAUGCAUGGGGAUUAAAUGAACUGAAGCCUGUUCAGAAACAAGGGCAUUCAAGUAAUUUGUUUGGCAAUAUACAAGGAGCCACAAUAGUAGAUGCCCUUGACACACUUUAUAUCAUGGAAAUGAAAGAUGAAUUCAACGAUGCCAAAGAGUGGGUGGAAAAAAACCUAGAGUUCAGUGUGAAUGCAGAAGUCUCCGUAUUUGAGGUCAAUAUCCGUUUUGUUGGUGGCCUGUUGUCUGCUUACUAUCUCACAGGGGAAGAGAUCUUUAGAAGAAAGGCAGUGGAACUGGGAGAAAAGUUGCUUCCUGCUUUCAACACUCCUACUGGUAUUCCUUGGGCACUGUUAAACAUGAAGAGUGGCAUAGGUCGAAAUUGGCCCUGGGCUUCUGGAGGAAGUAGCAUUUUGGCAGAAUUUGGAACACUGCACCUGGAGUUUGUCCAUUUGAGUCAAGUAUCUGGAAACCCAAUUUUUGCUGAAAAGGUCAUGAAUAUUCGAAAAGUACUAAAUCGGUUGGAUAAACCACAAGGCCUCUACCCAAACUAUCUGAAUCCUAGCAGCGGUCAGUGGGGUCAACAUCACGUUUCUGUUGGAGGACUUGGGGAUAGCUUUUAUGAAUAUUUGCUGAAGGCCUGGCUAAUGUCAGACAAGACAGAUGAAGAAGCCAGGAAGAUGUAUUAUGAAGCUGUUCAGGCCAUUGAGACUCAUUUAAUCCGGAAAUCUAGCAAUGGCCUAACAUACAUUGCGGAAUGGAAAGGGGGCCUACUGGAGCAUAAAAUGGGGCAUUUGACUUGCUUUGCUGGCGGAAUGUUUGCACUUGGCGCUGAUGGUGCACCAGGAGAAAAAACUGGCCAUCACAUAGAGCUUGCGGCUGAGAUUGCCCGCACCUGCCAUGAAUCUUAUGAUCGUACAACAAUGAAAUUGGGCCCAGAAGCUUUCAGGUUUGAUGGAGGUGUCGAAGCGAUUGCUACGAGACAAAAUGAAAAAUACUAUAUCCUCCGACCAGAGGUUAUUGAAACCUACAUGUACAUGUGGCGUUUCACACAUGAUCCGAAGUACCGGCAGUGGGGCUGGGAAGCCGUUCAGGCACUGGAAAAGUACUGCAGAGUGGAAGGAGGAUAUUCUGGUGUCCGCGAUGUGUAUGCUGCCCACCCAAAUCAUGAUGAUGUGCAGCAAAGUUUUUUUCUUGCGGAAACACUCAAAUAUUUAUAUUUGUUGUUUUCAGACGAUGACCUCCUUCCAGUAGAACAUUGGGUAUUUAAUACAGAGGCACAUCCAUUACCCAUAGUUGAGAAAAGUGACAGAACGAUAGCAGAAUCCAAAUAGAUUGCAACAUGUGAACUGCUGUCAUAACGUCAAUUCACUGCAUUCCUCCAGUGGUCCAUUUUCCAGGAUUGCGGAACAGAACACCCUCUUUCAUGUGUCAGUUUGAUUCCGAUUUUGAAGUUGUACACCAACUGUUUUGCAGUCUGUUAUGUUUACUACUAGACAUUUCUGGGUGAUUCUAGAGCCAUUCCAUUGUGACCUGAUAUACGACUGUGAAUUUGAAGCACCUUUUUUUUCCCAUAAACACGAUGUUAAGGUUUUGUUAAACAAAUCUCUUGUCAUAUAGAGUAGACCAGUCUGCGUUUUCUGUUAGUUUCUCUCUUUUUUAUCUUUUCAUUUGACUGCAAAGAUCCUUUCUCCUCUGUGAGGAGAUUGUCUGCUUUAUGCUGUAAUCUUUUGCCAUGUUGCAAAAAGCCAUACUGAAUAGUGUAAAAGAAUUCUUUCUUUUUCUUUCCAGAUGUAUGUAAAUCAGAUUUGUCUGAAUGUCAUCUAAGACAAAUAGUGUAACUGUGACAUCUUCCUCUUAUGCGGGUUUUUCUUUAACUUUGAUAUAAUUGUUCUAAACCAUAUCUUUUAAUGAAAGUGACCUAGAAAUGACUCAUUUUCAUGCAGGCAUAACUCUGUCUUAAAUGGCCAUAUACACUUUUUGUGGGUGUUUUUUUUUUCUUUUUUUCCAGGGGUUUUAACUAAUCAAUAAAUGGCAAAACAUCUUA